CCAAGGACCAUCCUACAAAUUAUUGAUGAGUUGAAGUUGUUAUGAGACAAGUUUUAGUUACUCAAAGUUAUUUUAGAGAAAAACCAUUUUUUUUAAAAAUAAAUUAUUUUAGUCAAUUUAUCUAUGGGCUGAGUCAGACAGACACUUGUACUUUUGUUUAACAGGAAUACUUGCCUUCAUUAUCCAUAUCUCAUAUCGUUCUUUGGUUGUAGCUCUGAAAUUCUUGUAUGCUUUAGAAAUUCAGGCAAUUGAAAAUCACCCCAACUUUGAUUUUCUAAAGACAAAAGUAGUCACAUAGUACUGCAGAUUGAAGGAGUAUGUCCCUACCUCAGAAGGCCCUGUCACUGUGCUGCAGCUUUGAUGUUAGCUCACUCAAACCAUCCCCAGCUACUCUAUGCUGCUACAGGACCAGUUACCCUACACAAAAGGUAUCAUCAUUAAGAACAUCCAACAUCCACAUGCUCAAUUCUCAAUCUCUCCUGAGUACAACAACUUCUAAACUACCAAGGAAGGUGAAGCCUUUAUCAGCAUCUCUUUCAGUUCCACAGCCACUUGACCUCACAGAAGACAACGUCAAACAGGCUUUGGUUGAUGCUAGAGGUGAACUGGGUCAGAUCUUUGACACUUCUGUUGGUAUGACAGGUGUAGUUGAACUGGUGGAGUUGGAUGGACCUUACGUGACCAUUAGCCUAAAGGGUAGGUUUUGGCAUAAGCGUUCAACUGUCCUUGCCAGACUUGCUAAUUAUCUCAAGCAGAGGAUUCCUGAGAUUUUAGAAGUUGAAAUAGAAAACGAGCAACAAUUGGAUGAUAGUCCAGCGAAUUUCUAAGGAGUUAGGAUGCGCCUUUUCAGGCCUGUUGUUUCUUCAAGUAUGCAGUCUCUGGUAUGAAAGUACUUCUAAACAUGUAUGAGGGACUCCUUCUCAUCUUGGAUAUGACUAUGAGGAUGCUCACUAUUGACUCUGAGAUCUGUGAUGCAUAGUUACAUUCUUAUGUUGUUUUCCACUAAUUCUUCAAGCUUCCUAUUGCUAGUAGUGGUAGAGGACAUUCUAAGCAUGUAUAAUUUUACUCCAUUUGAGCGCGCGCAUGUUAAUAUGUUAAUGCUCAGAAUACUUAAGUUCUUCAACAGAGAGUUUGGUAUCAUCAAGAUAUCACAAGAGAGUUUUCUCGUAACAAAUUUAAUAUGGUAUUUCGUUGUAUUAUAAGCACAUCUUGUGCCUUUUAUACAUGAAACUUGUGAUGAAAA